UAUCAUACUAUAUUAUAAUAAUAUAGUAUAGAUCUCUAUUCUUACUGGACUACUAGAUCUAGAAUCUCUAGAGAUCUAUUAUUGGUGUCUCAGGGUUUCAUUGUCAACUUAGCUGACGUAGAUUCUAUUGUAUAUUUGUGUUGAUUUUGACUUGUUAAAUAAAAUAAAUCAAUAGAGAUCUAGAUCUAGUAUAUCAUGUAGAAAUUUGAAUUGAAAAUAUUCUUGCUUGUGUUGUGAUGUGGCUUGUUGAGUGUGUUUAGACUUAGUCAAGUUUAGUGUUCUGAAUUAAUCUUAGUAGAGAUUAUUUUUUCAUGAAAGCUGAGUUAUAAGUUGCCAUGGCAGAAACUGUUGAAAGAGAUGAUAUGAAAGCCAAAGCAAAAAGUGCAGAAGGAGUAGAAAAAAGAAAGCUUGAGCUUCAACCCCCUCCAAGCUUUAUAGAACAAAGGCAGAAACUUUGGGAUAAACUCAAAAAAGAAAGAGAUGAGUGGGUGGCAGCACAAGACCCAGUGCAGAUUAAAAUUACUUUGCCAGACGGUGCUGUUAAAGAAGGAAAUGCUUGGCGAACAACUCCCUAUGAAGUUGCUGUAAGCAUCAGUCAAGGUCUUGCUGAUAAUACUGUGGUAGCUAAAGUAAAUGGUGAAUUAUGGGACUUGGACAGACCAUUUGAAAAAGAUUCCUCUCUUGCUUUGUUGAAAUUUGACGACCCUGAUGGUCAGUAUGUGUUCUGGCAUUCCAGUGCACAUAUACUUGGUGAAGCUAUGGAAAGACACUAUGGUGGACAUUUAUGUUAUGGUCCACCCAUUGAAGAAGGCUUCUACUAUGACAUGUGGACCCCAGAGCCUGUUUCAAGCAACGAGUUGCCAGAUCUAGAGACCUUAGCCAAAAAUAUUACCAAGGAAAAGCAGUUAUUUGAAAGGCUAGAAAUGACUAAAGAAGAUCUUCUAAAGAUGUUUGAGUACAAUGAAUUUAAGCAGAGGAUAAUCAAUGAAAAGAUUGACACACCAACUACCACUGUGUACAGGUGUGGACCUCUCAUAGAUCUGUGCCGUGGCCCUCAUGUUCGACAUACUGGAAAAGUGAAAGCUAUUGCUGUUACCAAGAAUUCGUCCACUUAUUGGGAAGGUAACGCAGAAGCUGAAAGCUUACAAAGAAUUUAUGGUAUCUCAUUCCCUGAGCCCAAGCAACUUAAAGAAUGGAAACAUUUUCAGGAAGAAGCCGCCAAGCGUGACCAUCGCAGAAUUGGCAAGGAACAAGAGUUGUUUUUCUUCCAUGAGCUUAGUCCUGGGAGCUGCUUCUUUCUACCGAGAGGUGCUCACAUUUAUAAUACACUUAUAGAUUUCAUCAAAACUGAAUACUGGCAGAGAGGUUUCACUGAAGUUGUCUCCCCUAAUAUUUACAACAGUAAAUUGUGGGAAAUUUCAGGACACUGGCAACAUUAUGCUGAAAACAUGUUUUCUUUUGACUGUGAAAAAGAAAAGUAUGCUUUGAAGCCAAUGAAUUGUCCUGGUCACUGCUUGAUGUUUGACCAUAGGGUCCGAUCAUGGCGUGAGCUACCUCUGAGACUUGCUGACUUUGGUGUUUUACAUCGAAAUGAGGUAUCUGGGGCUCUAUCUGGGCUUACUAGGGUUAGAAGAUUCCAGCAAGAUGAUGCCCAUAUAUUUUGUAGAAGAGAUCAGAUAAAAGAAGAAAUAAUGAGUUGUCUAGAAUUUUUGAGCAAUGUAUACAAGAUAUUUAAUUUUACUUUCAAUCUGAAACUGUCCACUAGACCAGACAAGUUUUUGGGUGAGAAAGAAGUUUGGGAUGAGGCAGAGAAGCAACUUGAAGAAACCUUAAAUGAAUUUGGACACAAGUGGGAACUCAACCCAGGAGAUGGUGCUUUUUAUGGCCCAAAAAUUGAUAUCACAAUUCAUGAUGCCCUGAAAAGAAGUCAUCAAUGUGCCACUAUACAAUUAGAUUUCCAGUUACCAGAGAGAUUCAACUUGAGUUACAUGAAUGACAAACAAGAAAAAGAAAGACCUGUUAUAGUUCACCGUGCUAUAUUAGGUUCCGUGGAAAGAAUGAUUGCCAUCUUGUGUGAGAGUUUUGGAGGCAAAUGGCCUUUUUGGUUGUCCCCAAGACAGUCCAUUGUAAUUACUGUGGCCCCUUCCUUUGAUGACUAUGCCCAAGAAGUAAUGAAACAGAUACGCAGUGCUGGAUUCAUUUGUGAACAUGACUUAGACCAGGGUACUACCAUGAAUAAAAAGAUUCGCAAUGCUCAACUCAGUCAAUACAACUUUAUCUUUGUUGUUGGAGAGAAGGAAUUGGCGAAUAAAACUGUUAAUGUUCGUACGCGUGACAACAAAAUUCAUGGAGAGCACAGCAUUGAGCAUGUCAUCUCACGUUUCCAGGAUUUCAAGAAAUCUAAAGCCCUUGAUGCAGAAGAAAUUUUUUGAUUUUCUUUUUAGUGUUAUCUUUUUAAAGAUCACUUAAAUUUAAAAAAAAAACAAUCUUAUGUCUACUUGAAGAGUGUCAAUAUUAGUGAAAAAGGGAUUGUAUUUAUUUUUUGUGUAUGCUUUUGAUUCUUGACCUCAAUUUAUUUGCUUCAUUUCUAUGUAAACAAAAUCUUGUCGUUCAAACAUUAAUUUUGCAUCUACAAAAUUUGAUGUAGCUUAACCAUUUUCAAAUCUCGCUCAUUUCAUUUGUAGGCCUAAAUCUAGAAUACAUUAUGAAUAUUAAUAUUUCAAAAUAAUACAACAGUAUAUGAUAUGAAUAUUUAUUACAUUUGUUAAGGCUUACAAUUAAAGAUAACAUUAAUUUCAGGAUGUAAAAAAUUCUUUGAUAAUGUUUCAUGUUUUGAUUGUCAUUACUAAAAUGUGCACAUAAUAAUAAAAACAACUUACUAUUCAUAAAUCAGUUUGUCUAAUUGCAUUGUAAUUUACAAUCUUAAUAAAUGGGACAGCUAAUGGAAUUAUAUACUUAUGUUAUGAGUCAAUUUUUGGCAUUUCAUUUUUUUUUCAUUGGCCAACUUUUUGGACAUGAUAUAAUUGUUCUAUCAUUAAAAAUUAUAAACUUUUUGCAUAUUGGAAACAAAAAUAUUUUCUUGCAAUAAUUAACUGUACUUAACGUUAUUAUUUUGGAGACAAAUGAAGUACAGAAUAAAAUAAUACCCAAAUACUGUGUAAGCUUCAUUGCAUAGGUGCCAUGUAGAGAACAUUUAUUCUCUAGCAACAUGACAAGAUAGGCAACAAUCCUUCUCAGAUCUCCAUGCUGACCUGUCAUUUCACUCACAUGUUCACUAUUGUUGUGUAGCACUACACAAAAAAUACCAAAACUAGACUAGUACUUAGAAAGUCCUUUUUUUUUAAAUACAAUCUGGAAUACUAUUGUUAUGAUUUUCAUUUUACCAUUAAAAUUUUAAAGAUGUUUUAA